AUGAAAUUUUUUAUUUUAAUUUUUAUUUGUUUAAUGGUUACAACAUAUGUUUUUGGAUUUAAAUAUACAAAAAUUGAAGUCCAUAAUUUAUAUGAUGACAAUUGUUCAUUGCAACCCUAUGAAAUUGUUUAUCAAUUAAAUGGAUGGUGCGUAGAUGGUAAUACUAAUAUCGAAUGUAACGAAGAUGGAACAGUGAUUACACAAAAUGUUUUUGGUACUAAUAGUGGUUGUAAAGGUGCAAAAACAGGUAAUAUUACAAAUGCCAGUGGUACAUGUGCAUUUGAGAAUGUAGUUUAUUCAUGUGUUGAUGAUUUCGAAAUUCCUGAAAAUACAUUAGUCAGUGUAGUUACAAAUGGUAAAUGUGAAAAUGAUCCAAGUUGGAAAGAUGAUAUUGGUUUAAUUGGUUAUGAAUACUUGAAUCAAUGUAUUCAAAAUUAUAAAGGUGCUUUUGAAUUAACUUGUAAUUCUUCAAUUCCAUAUAAAAAUAUUUACAAUUCCACAAGUGUUUGUAAUACUGUUCCAACUGGUUAUGGAUGGUUUAGUCCAAAUGAAUGUUCAAAAAAUGAUCCAACUUUUUACUAUUGUAAUGUUUAA